AUGUCGUCACUCUCACGAGCCUUCACAACCCGUCGGGUCAAGCAGAGCAUCGAUCUGUCCGACGCCGCACGGGGAAAGGAGCGCAGCAACAUCAUGCAGCGAAGCAAGACCACCAAGCACCCCGUCAUCAGACACAAGAUCUCUGCACCCAUGGAGCUUGUUCACACCACCAACAUGCUCUCAUAUAACGCUCCCGAUAUCCGACCCAGAACCGGAACUGACGCCUCGAUCAACUCGUCCAGGAAGUCGUCAGAGGACGACUCGGAAAGCGCCACCUCCGCCGCGUCGUCUCCCCCGACCAGCCCCGACGUAGCGCCUCACGAACUGUCAAAGGAGCCAAAUCACCUUUCCUGCUACUUUGUCGCCCCAGGCCAGGCUCUCAACUCUUCCGUUUCCGAAGUCCCCGCUAUUCCUUCCGUCCCUAAACGCGCGCCCUCGCACACGAAGCAGGCCUCAUACGACGCGGUGGCUCGCCAGCGCUCACUGUCUCAAAUGUCCAAGUCUUCAGACAAGACCGUUUCCUCCAAGGCCAGCAUGACAUUCUCCUCGCGGGCGUCAUCGGGUUCCAGCGCUGCCUCUACAAUGUCUCACAGCUCAGUCGCUCCCGCUCCGAAGACCCCUGUGCCGCCUCUACCCACGCCCGCAUUCCAGCAUCCCCACCAGCCGAAACAUGAGAAGUCUGCCGAGCCGCACCCGUUCGGCCGUGAGCUGGCCCAGGUGACCGAGAUUGCGGAGGAGUUUGGCAUCCAGGACGAUGUCAUGUACGAGGAGGAGUGCGCCCUCAAGGCGGAGGGCCUCUGCAAAUUCGCCGCAGAGGAUUACCUAACCGAGGUUCAAAGCUUGUUCGCCAGCUUUUUCCAGGACAGCCACGCAUCUCAACGCCCCUUGGCUGCCGCAUGGAUCUGA